AGAGUGUACAGAGAUAUAGUUGGAAGUGCUUACUAUUUUGCUCCUGAGGUUCUUAGGCGCAACUAUGGAAAAGAAAUCGAUAUCUGGAGUGCUGGGGUUAUCUUAUACAUUCUUCUCAAUGGGGUACCUCCUUUCUGGGCCGAAACUGAGAAAGGAAUAUUUGAUGCGAUACUACAAGGCGAUAUUGACUUCGAUAGUUCACCAUGGCCAUCUAUAUCAGAUAGUGCCAAAGAUUUAAUCAGGAAGAUGCUGACCCAGGAUCUGAAGAAAAGAAUUACUGCAGCCCAAGUCCUUGCUUCAUAUCAUGCAAUACCCUCUGAUGCCUUGUUGGCGCCCCUACAAGGUUGCGGAAAAAAAAAGGUGAAGAUGAAUGUUACAAAUUCAGAAAUGGAAAUUGCUUUGGAAUCUAUGGAUAUAAAUAGAGAUGCUCCUGAGCCGGCAUUAUCAUCAACCAGGACAGGCUGCACUACAGGAUAUGCUACAGGAAUUCUGAUAGGGAACAAGUUACACCUCAAUCCUAUUACUGAAAUCUUACAGUUUCACCCAUCUUUGAAACAUAUUGAUGAUUUCGAGGUGCAAAAAAGCAAGAAUACAACUCAAGAAAUCAUUGAAUCUGAUAAGCCUUGCGUUUCGCUGAAAUAUAAUUCCAUGGGCAGUGAAAUUUCACGCAAAUACCUUAAAAAGAUGACAGCACUGAAUGAUCUUAAAAAGAUGACAGCACUGGAUGAUCUCUCUACAAUGGGCCCGUCUGAAUAUCUAGCCCCUUUGUGCCUGAGAGCAACUGUCGAGGGGGAAGUACAAAAACCUUCAUCAAGUUUACUUGUAGUUUCAUGCUAUAUCAAUUUGAAGCUAUCCCCAUUAUUAUUUUUUAAUAUAUCAAGCUUUCUUUUGCAGAAAAGUCAAGUAAAUCACUUUAAUGCUCUUUUGCAUCUCGAUCUUACUGAAUCAGAAGAAGUUUUCUUGAAUAUGCUUGAAGGCUUAGCCUAUUUGGUGCAAGGACCAUGGGUUUCCAAAAGUUCUUUGAUAUAUGAUGGUGAUGAAGAAUGGAUAAGAGACUACAUUUUAUUCCUGUUUAGUCAGAAUCUCGUCAUUAAGAAGAGAAAGCUGGAAGAGUUAAAAAUAGAUGAUUCUGCUUUGAGACAACUAUUUACUCCACUAGCUUAUGAAAGAGAGCUUUUUGACGAUUGGAAAUUCAUAGAGGAGCGUGAUUUUACUUUCAUAAAACAACAUCCAGAAGUUCAUGAGAAGCAUGAAGAUGCUUGGAAGCGGAGAGGUGGACUUCUAGAGGACUAUAUCAGAGAAAGAGUAGCUCAACAUGUUGGAAGCGUAGAAUUGUCAAAAAGCUCCCUUUCAUAAGCUAGUGGAGUAAGUAGUUGUCUCAAAGCAGAAUCAUCUAUUUCUAACUCCUCCAGCUUUCUCUUCUUAAUGACGAGAUUCUGGCUAAACAGGAACAAAAUGUAGUUUCUUAUCCAUUCUUCAUCACCAUCAUAUAUCAAAGAACUUUUGGAAACUCAUAGUCCUUGCACCAAAUAGACUAAGCCUUCAAACAUAUUCAAGAAAACUUCUUCUGAUUCAGUAAGAUCGAGAUGCAAAAGAGCAUUAAAGUGAUUUACUUGUCUUUUCUGCAAAAGAAACCUUGAUAUAUUAAAAAAAUGUAAUAGGGAUAGAAGCAUGAAGAUGCUUAGAAGCGGAGAGGUGCACUUCUAGAGGACUAUAUCAGAGAAAGAGUAGCUCAACAUGUUGGAAGCGUAGAAUCAGCAACUCAGUGGAAUGAGGAUAAGAAUUCUGUCAGACAGGCUCUUUUACAUAUUUUAUCUGACGGUAGAGCUCAUGGGUAAUGUUUGCAUUAUUUACCUUUUCCUAGAACAAGUUUCCUUUCCCCCUCACUGUUUAUAUUUGUUAGUCUUGAUGUGCAAAAAAUGCUAUGUUCUGUCAGUACGAGUUUUGUUUUCUGAUCCUCCCAUUUCACGAAGUUGCUCAAUAUUCCCAAGUAUAUUUCAUAUGGAGGAACAACUAGAAGCACUUGUACUAGGGCAAUGAUAAAGUUGGUUAUACUUUCUUGAUGUCUUUCUUUCCCAAAAAUUUAGAUGCUUAUGACAUAGAGGUUGCCUGUAUAGGAAAAAUAUCAUAAGCUGUUUACAACUUGCUCAAAAAUAUUGAUGAUAUCCAUAAUUUGCAAAGGAAAUUCUUAAUCAACGAAGUGAUGAGUUGUGAAAUGCUCUUAUCGCAUGAUGGUGCUAUUGUUAGGCCUAAAUAAUGAUGAGGACAUCCAGGCACGUGCACAGGAUUUUCGUCGUGUUUAUCAACGUAGGAGACGCCGUAUUUCAGCCGUGCAUCAGAUCCCUGCGAUAUGGUUUUGAUGUUUUAGAUUUUGUUUUUUUAGUUAUUUUUCAGUUAGUAGUUGAUUUCAGAUUUGAAUUGUGAGAUGAUAUUUGUUAGUUAUUUAGUUUGUUAUUGGA